AUGCCAAAAUCCAAAAGAGGUCGAAGACCAGUCAAAAGAUGUUCCAGUUGCAAACGGCUAAAAAUUAAAGUAUGUUAUUUCCCCAGGCUGAUAACUCAAUUUUUUAUUUUUCUUGUCCAGCCGAAAUUACUAACCUGUACACCACAGUGUGAUCAACGACAACCAUGUGAAUAUUGCAAAGACCGGAGAAAAGAAUGUGUAUAUGAGCCAGAAGUUCCAACAAGUGCUCUGUCCAGUGAGUCACCAGAGUCACAGGAAACUGCAUUAUCGGGGUAUCAUCCAACCACGGACCUUGUAUUGACACAAACCAGUUCACAAUUGUCAAUGAGCCAGCAGGACGUCGAGCUCUUGAACUUCUUUGAACAGAAGGCUAAAUCCACGGUGUUCUACAACAACCAUGUCUUUGAUGACGCCUUCAAAACUGAAGUCAAUCCCUUAUUCCGACACAACUCAGCCGUGCGGUAUACGUUGUUAGCUGUGUCGGCAAUCAUUCAACUGAAUGUUCUCCUGGUGGGGAGCAACGAUGGUGCAAUAGUGAAAAGUAAUCAGCUACUACAAACUGGAAUGGAUUACUUCCAGAAAGCAUUGACAUUCCAACAAAACCUUGUUUCGCUGGUCGAAAACCCGAACAAUGUUCAGGAUGGUGCCAUUAAAGAAUUGCUAUCCUCAUGCUUGCUUCAGAUGGGAUACUUUGUGGUCAAUGUCGGCAGAGUGAUGCCACUCCUAUCACUAGACCGUAGCCAAAUUGAUCUCAUAACUCUCCUGGGUGCUCAUAGAUUCAUAAUAGAGAAAUACUUGCCAAAAGUGGCCAAUUCCAAAAUUCCGUUACUAUUUCCUUCUGAUUCAGUCUUGCCUAGUGAUUUUGACGAGAGAUAUUAUCUCUCUGAUUCAUUGCGCAGAGAUCUAAAUGAUGUUUACGGCGAAUCCAAUCCCGAAGUUAAAGCAGUUCUAGAAGGAGCCAUCGUUGUUAUUGAAAGAGCGAUAUAUCGAACGAUGCAACAUGGAUUACCGUACCCACUUAUUGCCAUGAUCGUUCAACUCAGCAACAACGAGUUUAGAUCCUACUUGUAUCAAGCUAACGAGUUUGCAUUAAGAAUACUAUUCGUUUGUGCGGUUUUGUGUGCCAUGUCUAAAUUCUGUACACGAAGGUUCGAUAAUAUUUACUAUGACUACGUGGCAUGGUACAAAGAACGGCAGUUCACUAACAGAAACCAAUUUGAAUACCUACUAGAUGAUAAAUUGUACUUUUUAGCCCUGCAGACUGACUUUGAACCUGAGUUCAGCAGUAUUGGAGAGUUCAAUCCAAUCGAGAUUGCAAAAGGUUAUGAGUCGUCUGAAUAG